AUGCCACUCUUCUCCAACCUUCCUGCUGCCCGACUUACGCUGUCGUAUCUCCUUCAUGAUCCCUCAUCCGUUCUGCCGCAUGCUCAGGUUCCAACCUUCCUGUUUCUCCCAUUGCCUCUGUCGGCAGCUCUCCCUUCUAAACCCUCACCACAAGUCCGUGCUCUUGUCUUGGAUAAGGACAACACGCUGUGCCCGCCAGAGACAAACAUGAUGCACCCUACUUACCUGACCAAGUUAGACAAGAUCCGCUCAUCUCCUGAAUUCUCCCACUCUUCGCAUAGCAUCCUCAUUGUCAGUAACACGGCCGGUAGCACGGCAUCUGCUGUUCAUGAGGCAGAGGCCAAGGCUCUAGAAGCUGAACUUGGCAUUCCUGUCUUGCGCCAACAUCCGGAACGAAGGAAGCCGUUUUGUGGACCUGAUGUUCUCAAGUACUUCUCGGACCAUGGUGUGACAUCUAAUCCUGCAGAGAUAGUCGUGGUAGGGGAUCGCUUGGGUACUGAUGUCGUGAUGGCGCGGGAAAUGGGUGCUUGGAGCAUGUGGGUGCGAGAUGGCUUUCGAAAUCCAGAGAUGCCUGGACGGGACUAUCGUGGAUCUUUGGCAAAGAUGGAGGUUCGGUUCGAGCGGCUUCUCAGGGGUGGACUGGGGAAGAGAGCUCCUUUCCCAAAGGGGUUUCCAUCCUAA